AUGCCAGGAAAACGAAAGAGGCCAUAUUCGGACAUUGACUUUACUCUUAAACGUGUGUUCAAGAAGCCUGUGUUCCGUCCACUUCAGCGCGAGGUCAUCAUAGCUACACUAGAAGGCGAAGAUGUCUUUCUUCAGGCUGCAACAUCGUUUGGGAAAAGCUUGUGCUAUCAACUCCCCGCUGUCGUAGACUUUGGUAGUAAGUGGAACAUCUACACCAUCCGAUCUUGCACUAAGAAGAUGAAAGUUACGAUUGUAAUAUCUCCACUACUAGCAUUGAUGAACAACCAAGUUGCUUCCAUGCGUCACGCCAACAUCCGCGUCGAAACCAUCAACAGCACAACUUCUCAAGAGGACCGUGCCAGAAUCAUCGAGGACCUCCAAUGUGGCCACCCUCUGACCCGUCUCCUAUAUGUUACCCCAGAGUUCUGCCAGGGCGACCAUUUCCGCAAGAUCCUCCGGGUCAUCCAUUCCCAGCGUGAACUAGCCCGUAUUGCUGUAGACGAAGCCCACUGCGUCAGCGAAUGGGGCCAUGACUUCCGUCCAUCCUUUCAGCAACUAUCCUUCUUCAAAAAGGAGUUCCCCGAUGUUCCCAUCAUCUGUCUCACCGCGACAGCAACCUCGCGGGUCCGCGACGACAUCAUCAAAACCCUUGCCCUGAACCCCCAGAAACUGCGCAUGUUCCGCAUGACCACCAGCCGACCAAACCUCCACUACGAAGUCCGCUUCAAAUCCGAAGAAAACGGAGACCACUACGACGACUUCCUCUCCUGGCUCAAGGCCGCACACGCACGUCGUGCCGACAACGCAGCCCGAGCCUCGCAACUCGCAAGCACCAACCAGCGCUCCACCAACGUCGCAGGCAUCAUCUACACCCUUUUCCGACGCGACUGCGAAUCGCUCGCUGCACGCCUCCGCGCCGACGGCAUAGGCGCAGUACCCUACCACGCCGGCCUAUCGCACGCAGAACGCGCAGACGCACUGGCAGGCUGGGUAGCCAACAAAGAAGGCUACGACGUCGUCGUUGCCACCACGGCGUUUGGCAUGGGCAUCGACAAGGAAAACGUCCGCUUCGUUGUCCACUGGCAGAUUCCAAAGUCCUUUGAAGGCUUCUACCAGGAAGCCGGGCGCGCAGGCCGCGACGGCAAAGCAAGCGUCUGCAUCCUCUACUACGGCCGCGAAGACCGCGAUCGCGCUGCCAAUUUACUUGCGCGCGAUCAGGCACGCCAGGCUGGCGGGCCGGCCUCGAAGAAAGAUUUACAUGUACGUGGCAGCACUGCUGGCUACGGUGAGCAUGUCUCGGCGCAGCAGGGUAUGCUGCAGAAUCGCGCAAAAAGUCUGCAGGCGCUGGUCGAGUACUGUGAGAGGACGGAUGCGUGUAGGCAUGGGCUCAUUGCACGGUAUUUUGGCGACGAGGAGGUGCCUGAGUGCGACUUUGCGUGUGAUUGGUGCAAGGAUGCUGAGGCGUUGGUGAGGCGCAAGGAGGGCGGGUUAGCGAGUGAGGAGUGGUGUAGUACGCAGAGGGCGGAGGGGAGGUAUAAUGUUGAUGAGUAUGAUUGA